AUGUUCAAUCUCACAUCUCCCUCCGGCGCCAGCCGCAAGGCCAGCAAGAAAGUCUCGCGCGUUAUGUCGAGCCUCAAAAGUACACUCUUGUCGACCCUCUCCAAGACUCCCAAGCAGCAUCUCAAGGAGCAGAAGCCCAGGUACCAACUAUGCAGCAACCCCAGCAUAACUAUUACAGAUGCGGAGACCGGUGAAGAGUGGGAGUUCAUCGAUCAUGAUGAACUCGAUGGUGAUCUCCCGAACAGCGACAAUACUCGCACUUUGAGAGAGGAACUCGAGCUCAAUGCGCGCGAACAGGAUGAUCUCCUGUAUUCGCGGCGCUGGAUGAACUAG